CGAUGAGAAACUCAGUUAUGCUCUGGCUUAUUUUCAUGAAGUUCAAAUUGCUCUUUUUGAUUUGAAAAGCGGAGCAUGGACGUGUAGAAUCAUGAUGGCGUUUGUGCAGAUCGGUUUUGGCUGGAUCGAGAGCACUGUUGCUGGUCUUCGAACGAUACUGUGUUCAAGGACUCUGACUGUAGUGUUUGCACCUUACGCUUGUGGGUCGGGUAUACCAGAAAUCAAAUGCAUCUUGUCUGGUUUCGUUAUCCGCGGAUAUCUCGGAAAAUGGACUUUCAUCAUCAAGUCCGUCGGUUUGAUCCUGUCAUCUGCAUCCGGUUUGUCACUGGGUAAGGAGGGUCCAAUGGUCCAUCUUGGCUGUUGUAUCGGAAAUAUAUUUUCCUACUUGUUUCCCAAAUAUGGGAUGAAUGAAGCAAAGAAACGAGAAAUUCUCAGUGCAUCCGCAGCCGCAGGUGUAAGUGUGGCUUUUGGAGCUCCCAUCGGAGGUGUACUGUUCAGCUUGGAAGAAGCUUCGUACUAUUUUCCCCUGAAGACCAUGUGGCGAUCGUUCUUCUGUGCUUUGAUUGCAGGAAUCAUUUUGCGCAUCGUAAAUCCCUUUGGAAGUGAUCAAACUUCGCUGUUCCAUGUGGAUUACAUGAUGAAAUGGACGUUUGUCGAACUUAUCCCAUUUGCUGGUCUAGGGCUGUUCGGUGGCAUUCUCGGAAGCAUGUUCAUCUUUGGAAACAUCAGGUGGUCUCGAUUUCGAAAGACUUCAAAAACUUUGGGUGGCAAUCCUAUCUACGAAGUUAUUGUUGUGACUUUUCUCACGGCUUCCAUCUCCUAUUUCAACCCUUACAUGAGAAAGAGUGCUUCGAGUAUGAUCAAGCAGCUUUUCGAUAGAUGUGGCCCAGAAGAUUACAUGAGUAACUUGUGCGACUAUCAGAAUAAAACAUUUAGUAGUAACAAAGUCGAUGAUAACUACCACACUGGAGUGUUUGGAGAUGGCGUUCAUAGCGCAUUUUGGCAGCUGAUCAUGGCUUUGAUCUUCAAGUUUAUCUUCACAAUAUUCACUUUUGGUAUC